UUUAUUUUUGGCAUAAGUAGUCAAAAUUUUCUGAUGUCGCUGCUUUUGUAACACGAAAUUUAUAGUAUAUCAAAAUUAUUGUGUAGUUAUUAAAAAUGACUGAAACGAAAAAAUAUAAAAUACCGACAAUACAAGAAUUUCUUGAGAAAAAGAAAAUAUAUGACCACAAAGAGCCAGUAUGGGUAUACUUGGAAAGAGAGAUGCGAGAAAACUCCGAAAAAAAGCCUUACAAUGAAAAAGUUGGAGCGUGGCUGAGAUUUUUAAAAGAUUUGAAAUUGCAUUACCAUCGCGAAGCUCAACGUAAAUUGAAACGGCUGGAGAAAGAAAUUGGUCCACCGUGGUAUUGCGAGUUAUCGAGUGACCAGCGAGAAGUGUUAAGCCGUCUAAAACAUGAUAUGUAUCAAGAUCUUCUAGAAGAUAUACCACGAAGAAUGCGAAAAUCAUUAGCAGAUUUAGGGAUUACAUUAAAACUACCAAAAUCUAUAUUGAUGAAGGCAAUGCUUGAUUCUGAACACGAUUCCGGACUAUUUAUGUGGAAUCUUUAUACAGCAUACUAUAAGAAACCGCCAAGCCAUCUGAUGCACGAUUAUGAUUUGAAUGCAAGAAUAAUAAUGUCAUCUUUGGUAUUUAUUGAUUUGAAUGCGUGCAUUAACGCAUUGAAGAAGUUAUGUCAUUGUGAAAAGAUCAAGGAACCCGAGAAGCAAAUAAAACAGAAAAAAAAUACUCAACCUAAUGUCAGGUAUGGCGAAUAUCUACAAAAAAACUAUAUUCAAUAUUGCGCAACACACACGAAGCAAUUUGAAGGAAAUAAACCCUUGCCAUUAGGCAACAAAGUGCGGCUUCGAAGUGUUGAGAGCUACGAACAACUUUGCAACGAUCAUUCUUUUCUCGAGAAACGAAAGGAAGGAAACAAAAAAGAAAAACGCGUGGAAAGAGUUUGUACCUACAAGUUUUGGGAGCCGCCCAGUACAUUACGCAACACAGAUCCGAAAAUGAUAGCUUUAGCCGAAAAGGAGCGAAUGUUCAAAUUAAAAGCUAAGCCACGGUUUAGAGCUCCGUACCCAAACGUCCAAUAUUUAGUUGGAGGAGUUACUUUUAGUGGCGGGAAACCAGUAUAUACUAUAUCUGGUGUAAGCAUACGACCCACCGGCUAUAUACCUAUCAACUAUGGGACAUGUUUUGCAAACAAUGGAUUCGUGACUCACAUUGGUGGCUUUUGGAAGUUCCCGAUUGUAAAGAAGGAAGCAUGUGACAAAACUUGCGACUGCCUUACUAAAUGGGAAGAGCCAGUUAUGGAAUAUAUCAAAAAAUCAAAAUGUAAAUGUGGCCAUCUUUACGACUUUUAUAAUGAAGGGAAGCCAAAAGAGAAAUAUGUUUAUCCCCCUACGAGAUAUGGACCGUUAAGAGUUGACGAGGCAAAAAUAUAUCAAAUGGAUCCUGUGGAGGAUUUUAUAAAGGAUACGGUCAGAGAAGCUCUCAUGUCUGGGGAUCCAACGCCAACACCAUCUGAGCCUUCUGUUUCACCAGAUAGUCUUAAAGAAAAAGACUUACUCGAGGCUUUUUUAGCGGAACUUUCACAUACGACCUUAAUAAUACCCCACCUACCCAAAGCAAAUCUGCUGAAUAACCUUCAGCAGUGGGUGAGAAAACGGGUGAAAGGAAAUCUUAAAGAAAGUGAACACAAACGGUUGAAACUCAUUUCUGAGCGGCGCUGGCUCGAUUUAAAACAUAUGGACUUCAGGGCGAUCGCGUACAGAAUACCUUUUACUUUGAAACAGUUGAAAAAUAUAAAUUGGUCGCAUAGAAACAUGUUGCAGAAAUUGGCAGACAUAUUAAUGGAAGAUUUUGAAACAAGAAAUAGAUUGAAGCAACUCACACAGUCCAGACUUUGGUGGGCGACAACCAUGUAUGACGCGUAUCCAGGCAAGCCGUUCUUGGACAUUUAUUUCACAUACAUGCCUGGUAGAAUGAAGGACACAUUCCUGAAUAAUCCAUACAGCUCUGAACUCACGCCCAAGUCGGGAGCUAAAACAUGCCCCUUAAACUUUUGAAAAACAACAUGUUUAACUUUAAUGUAGUAAUUAAAUUUAGGAAUACAUGUAUUUAGAUACUGUGUAAAAAUUAUGUGUAUGUUUCUGUGAAGUUAUAUUUAGUCUUUGUUUCCUUUUAUAAAUAGCAAAAUGUGUUACCAGUAACAAUUAAUAAAUUUGAAUAAUUAUAAGAUCAAAAUGUUUAUUUAAUAAAGUAUUAUGAACAGUCGA